UUAUAAGCGUUUAUAAACUGCAAACAAGAAUAAGUGAAAAAGAAAUUGUUUCCGAAGUAAAUUCACAUGACUGUAGAACUGAAGCGAUGGACCAGGAGCCAACUAUGUGGAUUAAAAAAGAGGAAACAUAUGAAGUACAAACUGAGUUAUGCUUCAUGUUUCUUGUAGACCCAUUAAAGACGGAAGGCUCUAGUGUUGGGGUAAAGCAAGAUUCCGAACUGAAACUACGUACUGAUGGAUCUGAGCAUAAUUCUGUUAAAAAUCCAUUAGGAAUAUCACGGUCCACUGAUUUUAUCAAGGAGGAUCCUGAAUUAUAUUUGGAAAUGAAUGAAACUGAGAAUAUUUUUCUUGAAGAUCCAUUACGGACUGACAACACUCCUGUUGGGGUAAAGCAGGAUCCUGAACUGCAACAAGAUGCUGAUCUAUCUGAGCAUAAUUCUGCUAAAAAUCCAUUGGGAAUAUCACGGUCCACUGAUUUUAUCAAGGAGGAUCCUGAAUUAAAUUUGGAAAUGAGUGAAACUGAGACUAUUGUGGAAACCUCAACAAGAUACGCAUCUGAUAGUGCAAGAUUGUCUCAGACUACUGGUGGGAGCUGUGGCAUAUCAUGUGAGGAAACGUGUCACCGUGGACUGGUCCAGGAUGAGUUGGUGGCAGACAUGGAGAAGUCAACACACAAGUUUGGUACCUAUACAGAAGAUGUGACUGUUAAUAAGGAAUGCUCAGUUGCCACCCAAUAUGACUGUAAUAUGAGGGAAAAGGAAUUACAUGUAUAUACCUGUAAUUUCUGUCAACAGAGCUUUCCUUCAAAAUACAGAUUCAUAAAGCAUGUGUUCAUGCACAUUGAUGGCAUGCAACCACCUUUGUAUGUUUGUAAGUGGUGUGGUGAGGUAUUUAACAGUAAUGUUAGUUUGAAAAAACAUUUGAGAAUGAGUGAGAAUUAUCAUGUCUUAACUGUUGCCAACCACGAAAGAUACGACUAUACUGAUGAACAUCAAAGCAGUAUCUUCUUGAAUAGUGAGCCAGAAGUUUUUGUCACAGAACUCAAUGAGCUGAAUCCAUACAAGGAAACUGGGAAAGCUGCAAACAAGUCCUCUAAUGACAUGUGUAACAUACACAUGACAAAUGAUGCCGAGAAAACAAAUGAUUAUGGAACUUUAUGUACAACUGUUAAUGUCAGUGCCCAGGUUGAUCUACUUACUGCAAAAAAAACUGACAAACGUGGUAUUUGUGGCAAAUUGAUUACUGUGUCAGGUGAUCUGAAGAAAAAAUCAUUCCUGCACACUGUGAAAAUACCUCACAAAUGUGAGAUUUGUGGGAAAUCUUUUUCUAGAUCAGGCGAUCUCAACAUACACACAUUAAAUCACACUGGAAAGAAACCCCACGAAUGUAAUAUUUGUGGGAAAUCUUUUACUAUGGCAUGGAAACUCAAGACCCACUCACUAAUUCACACUGGCAAGAAACCUCACAAAUGUGAGCUUUGUGGGAAGUCUUUUGCUUUCUCAGGCUAUCUCAAGAAACAUGAAGUAAUUCACACUGGAAAGAAACCUCACAAGUGUACGAUAUGUGGGAAUUCUUUUGCUGCGUCAAGCCAUCUCAAGAGACAUUCAUUAAUUCACACUGAUAAGAAACCUCACAAAUGUGAGAUUUGCGGGAAAUCGUUUGCCCAGCCAGGCACUCACAAGAGACACGUAAUAAUUCACACUGGAUGGAAACCAUACAAAUGUGAGAUUUGUGGGAAAUCUUUUGCUUUGUCAGGCAUUCUCAAGACACAUGUAUUAAUUCACACUGGAAAGAAACCUCACCUAUGUGAUAUUUGUGGGAAAUCAUUUUAUAGGGCAGGCGAUCUCAAGACACAUUCUUUAAUUCACACUGGAAAGAAACCCCACAGAUGCCAUAUUUGUGGGAAUUCUUUUGCUACGUCAAGCCAUCUCAACAGACACACAUUAACUCACACUGGAAAGAAACAUCACAAAUGUGAGAUCUGUGGGAAAUCGUUUGCCCAGUCAUGCAAUCUCAAGACACAUUUAUUAAUUCACACUGGAAAGAAACCAUACAAAUGUGAGAUUUGUGGGAAAUCGUUUGCCCAUUCAUGCAAUCUCAAGACACAUGUAUUAAUUCACACUGGAAAGAAACCAUACAAAUGUGAGAUUUGUGGGAAAUCAUAUGCCUUGUCAGGCGAUCUCAACAGACACGUAUUAAUUCACACUGACGUGAAACAUCACAAGUGUGAUAUUUGUGGCAAAUCAUUUGCUAGAUCAGGUGACCUCAAGAAACAUGCAUUAGAACACAUUGGAAGGGGGCCUCACAAAUGUGAUAUUUGUGACAAAAGCUUCACUCAAUUGGGUACUCUCAAGACACAUGCAUUACUUCACAUCAGAAAGAAACUGCAAGGAAGUGUUGGUUUUUACAAAUAGAUUUUUCUUGUAUGUCCCCUUAAGGCCUAUAAAAUAAUGGAUGUAGCAGGGGGACAAUAAAUUGUAAUGCCUGUGAAAUAACAUUAAAAUGUGAUAGGAUUGUGAAAAAAGUGCAACAAUGUGUGCUAUAGAGUGGUAAGAGAUAAUGUGACAAUAUAAAAAUCCAUAGCUGCACUUGAUAUGGCAGGAAAUUGUAUUACUGAAUACUCCAGAAACAUGAAUCAAAUGUGUUUUUGUCAUUAACAGUGCUGCAUUUUCCUAUCGAUCCUGAGACAAGAAGAUCUUGAAUUGUGAUAAAUUCUUACCUUUGCCAGUAAUCAUAAGUACCAUGCAAUAUUCAGUAUAAGGCCAAGAAAAUGUGAUGACUUGCUUGCUUAUUAUUCCUAACAUAGGCAUUAUGUAGUACUUGUAACUCUGCAUUUUAGAAUCAGUGAGAGCAAAAAUAUAUUCAUGGCACUUCCUUCACUCAGGCUAGUAAACUCAUUACUGGAGAAACACGAUUAUGGCAAUUAUUUUACUCAGGUACGUUUUCUCAAGAGAUCUGCUGUUUGUCAUUAAUAGUGUGUACAUUAAUGUUCUGUUAGUACUAAUCCUGCAUUAGUAAAAAUAACAAAUGUAACAACCUGAUUAAUAGCCUGUUUGUCCACCUGUGGAACACAACAUAAUGACAAUUCUAAAUGAUAUGGACUUGAUACAUCGCUUACAUGUUUCUGGAUGUAUGUUGCACCAGUUGUAUUCCACACGUUCAGAUCAGCUAAAUGGUGUGGUUGAGACAUCAAUGUUAGUUACCAUGAUAUUUAGACCACUGUUGAGUCGUUCUGCACAUGUGAAAUUAACAGUUCCUCUGCUGAAAGAUGCCUUCACCAUUGGAGAGCACAUCAGGCAUGAAGGAAUCUAUGCAGUGGCAAUAAAGAUCAUAUAGUCUGCAACUGUCAUGCCACCUUAGAUUAUUGCCAGAUGUCCCUGAGGAGCCCAACUGACUGUGCCAUAGCAUAAUGGACACUCCAUCUGGUGCCACUCACUUAGAUGAUACCAUAUCUGGACUUUUCAACCGACCUGGUAUAACACGAAAUGUCACCCAUCCUGACAGUUGACAUUAGCAUUGAUCUUCACUCCAGCAUCAACGAUCCCUUGCCCACCGCAGUUGCAACUGAACAUUUUGGUGGAUUGGUAUGGAAACAUACAGUGACCAUAUGUUGCGGAACCUCACAUUCAACAAUGUACAUUGGAUUGUGUGUUGAAAAACGUGUGGCUGCUCCAGCACUGUUUUAGGUCAUUAGAUAUGGCAUAUAUUGCCACAUGUCCAGCUGUACAGAGCAGGCAAGCUUCUGACCUCCAAGAUUUGUGAUGAAGUAUAGAUGUAUUACAUCUUUUCAUAAGGUUAUCUAUUUAUCACCUUUCUGCCAGUUUCCACAGAUGUUCACAACAGUAGCAUAGAUCCAGCCAACUAGCCUCACCACUUUUGAGGCGCUAGUUCCCAACUGCAAUGCUACUGUAACUUGUCCUUUGCUAAAGUCACUUAUGUCAUUGGAUUUACACGCUCGCAACCCAUCUAAUUGGUGGAACAAUUCCUUGUUAAUCUCUGGUCUGCUUAUAUACUUAUAAGGUGCUUACUGAAUUAUGUGCAUACAACAUAUGGCAUUCAGUCUCCUGAUGGGCAGUGUUCAUGACAUUUUUGCUCAUCAGUGCAUCUUCACAUGAUAGGUCAGAUGCAAAAAUGUGUAAUGUAACAAAUUCAUUGUGCUUGUUUGCCAUUUAACCAGUGAAUGACAGCUACGUUUCUUGUGAAAUUUUCUUGUUUCACAAAUUUCUGUACAUAAUUAAGAGAUAAUGUAGAUAAGUGUUAUGCACCAAAGCUCUUAAGUAUUUGUUCAGCUUUUAAUACUGUUUAAAUUCUACACGAAAUGAAAUAGGUAAACAAACAUUAGGUGUUCUGAUUAGGUUCCAGUUAUUUGUAUACACAAGAACAACACUUGGGAGAGCUUAGAACGUGAGUAGUAAAUA